AUGAGCCUCCCACGAUUUCGUUUCCAUUUCGGGCUCCCGGCUCGGCGACAACAACAACGAUUCCCGGUGCCCCGGCCGCCCCUGCCACCCCGCGAGCCGCGGCUUUGCUUCCCCCUCCGGGGAAAACAACGAAAAAAAACCGGGAAAAAACGCCCAAAAGCAAAAAGGCCGGGAGCCCAAAAUUCUCUUUUCUGGAAUCGGUUCAGUCCCCGGCGGGUCCCCGCCGCUCCUCGGUGCCCGGUGAGUCCCCUCUGCUUCCCGGUUCUCUCCUGUCGCUCCCCGGUCCGGCCCCGCCGAGCCCCGGAGCGGUCCCACGAAGCCCCGAGCUGUCCCCACCGAGCCCCGAGCUGUCCCCACCGAGCCCCGAGCUGUCCCCACCGAGCCCCGGAGCGGUCCCCACCGAGCCCCGAGCGGUCCCACCGAGCCCCGAGCUGUCCCCACCGAGCCCCGAGCUGUCCCCACCGAGCCCCGAGCGGUCCCACCGAGCCCCGAGCUGUCCCCACCGAGCCCCGAGCUGUCCCCACCGAGCCCCGAGCGGUCCCACCGAGCCCCGAGCUGUCCCCACCGAGCCCCGAGCGGUCCCACCGAGCCCCGGAGCGGUCCCACGAAGCCCCGAGCUGUCCCCACCGAGCCCCGAGCGGUCCCAUCGAUCCCCGGAGCGGUCCCACGAAGCCCCGAGCUGUCCCCACCGAGCCCCGAGCUGUCCCCACCGAGCCCCGAGCUGUCCCUACCGAGCCCCGGAGCGGUCCCACCGAGCCCGGAGCGGUCCCACCGAGCCCCGAGCUGUCCCCACCGAGCCCCGAGCUGUCCCCACCGAGCCCCGAGCGGUCCCACCGAGCCCCGAGCUGUCCCCACCGAGCCCCGGAGCGGUCCCACCGAGCCCGGAGCGGUCCCACCGAGCCCCGAGCGGUCCCACCGAGCCCGGAGCGGUCCCACCGAGCCCCGAGCUGUCCCCACCGAGCCCCGAGCUGUCCCCACCGAGCCCCGAGCGGUCCCACCGAGCCCCGAGCGGUCCCCACCGAGCCCCGAGCUGUCCCCACCGAGCCCCGAGCGGUCUCACCGAGCCCCGAGCUGUCCCUACCGAGCCCCGGAGCGGUCCCACCGAGCCCGGAGCGGUCCCACCGAGCCCCGAGCUGUCCCCACCGAGCCCGAGCGGUCCCCACCGAGCCCGGAGCGGUCCCCACCGAGCCCCGAGCGGUCCCACCGAGCCCCGGAGCGGUCCCACCGAGCCCCGAGCGGUCCCACCCGAGCCCCGAGCUGUCCCCACCGAGCCCCGGAGCUGUCCCCACCGAGCCCCGAGCGGUCCCACCGAGCCCGAGCGGUCCCACCGAGCCCCGAGCUGUCCCACCGAGCCCCGAGCUGUCCCCACCGAGCCCCGAGCUGUCCCCACCGAGCCCCGAGCUGUCGCCGCCGCUCCUCGGCGUCCCCAUCCCCGCGCCGCUCGCCGGUGCAUCCCCGCCGCUCGCCGGUGGGUGCAUCCCGAUUUUCCCUGGCGGCUGACGAGAUUCCCGGUCUCUGCCACUCCCCGCGCGGUUCUCCCCGUGGAUCCCGGGGUUCCUCGGUCCCCGUUUCCCCAUGGGUGCCGACAUUCCAGGG